CCUCCGUAUCUCCUAACAAGUGCGCAUAUUGCACCGACCGUAGCAAGUGCUGUAAGAUAAUGUUCGACACCCUUUUUUGUGAAUAAUGGCCUCAGGCUCGAAUUUUUUGUGAGGUAUUGACAAUUAUUCACCGGUAUUUGGAAGUUAGUCAUACUUUUGAUAUCAGUUCCGUCCGAAAAGUUGAGCACUAACAUAAUGGAUAUCAUAUCAUUGAUAGAUUCUUAAAAAUGUUUUAAACUGUUCAGUUUUCUGUUUUUAUCCAUUUCACUAGUUUGAUAACAAGAUGCCGCAUUAUCCCGUGAAAAUUUUAGUCGCAGCAGUUCUAGUCGUGACCAUAUGGAUGAACCCGGUGGCCUGCCUAAAGAGUGAAGAUCGAUUUAAUUUCCUCAAAGACGUCCUGUUCAAAGAGGGAGACGUUCUCCAAUUAUUGAGUGGGGAGGUGAUGGUCGCCAUUGCCGGAAAUGUCUUAGCCUACGUGGCUGAUCAAAGGUGUUGGGUGUCGUCAACAUACGUCAAAGUAAUAGAUAACCCCAAGGCAACAUCACUGAGGAACAAGAUGGCACGAAAAAUUUACCCAGAUUCAAAGCAUUUCGACAUAGACCGGAGCAUAGCGCUCAUCAAACGACUCAUUGGAAAG